CUGUUAGCAAGGUAAGGGAAAUCAUUUUAUUCUUUGGGUUUGUGCUCCUUCCAGCUUCCUGUGCCAACUCCCUCAUUUAACAAAGGUUUCCAGCCCUCUGAGCAGAAGGGAAGCCAGAGAUCUCCUCCCCAGUCCUGCUGCUCUGCAGGGCUCACAUCCCCUCAGCAGACCCAGGCUCCCCAUCCACAGGAGGCAUCCACCAAACAGGCACAAAUCCACCUGGCUGGGCUGCAAAACUUCAUCCACACACAGCAGAAUGUUUAAAAAAGUCACCAAAUACAUUGUAAGUCAAAUGGAUCCAAAAGAAGAAUUGGUCCCAGUUGACAGCAUCGUAGACCAUGAGCACUUCAGACCCCUCUGUCUUCUGACGAAAAAAAGAAAACGAAAAACCAUAUUCCACUCACGUCCCUUCUACGAGUGCACAAGGUUUAGUCUCAACAGUGUGCUGCUGCCUGGAGAAGAUGGGGAUAGCACAGAGUCCCUCCUUCCCUCGGGAGAUGGUCCAGAUUACAACAGAUUCACUCUCAUAACUAUCAGUGCUGACAAAGUCAAGAGCGAUAUCAGCGUUAGUGCUGAAGCUGCAAGUGUGGAGGUGAACAGACGUGGCUCCUUGUCGCAGGCAUUUUCCAUCAAGCUGCAGAAGAAGGCCAUAUCAAUGGACUUACUGGAGGCAGUGAGAAAGAAAAGAAAAAUCAACAUGGAUCACUCCUUCAUCCAAGACCUCAAGAGGAAUGAUAUCGAUUUGUUCUUGGUUUAUGAAACCCUGGAAGCCUCGGAGGAGACCAUCUACAGGGAGUCCAGCAAGGCACAGGGAGGCUUCCUAGCCACGAUUUACGCCAAGUUCUCUGCACAGGGCAGGAGAGAGAACACACAAAGCAUAGCCAUGCCCAAGGGCUGCACCCUGGCCUUCAGGGCCAUCCAGAUGAAAAUUAGCAAAGGAGAAUGGGCACUGUCUCAUUUUAAAGAAGAAGGUUCUGGCUCAGCUUCAGUUUUACUGGCUGGUUUCUCAUUUUCUAGACCACCAGACAUAGUGGACACAGAAGUUAAACAAUACUAUGAGACUUUCUCCAAGUUGCCUUCUGACCAACGGGCCAUAUUCUUAAACACCAUCACAGCUGUGAUGAGAGACAGGAACCUCUUUCAAGAGCUCAGCCAGAAGAUGGAAGCAGUUCUUGAGAAAACUGAUGGUUUUAAGCUGAAAACUGAAAGCCCAGACUUAAAAAACCUGUUGAGCACCUUGGAGAAUUCUCCACGAAAUCGUCUGCUGCUGGCAGAGGGAAUAACCUACACCCUCGAUGCUUUGGCUGAGCUACUGGACAAUCAGCUGGCGCUGCUGCUGGAAUCCUUGGAAAGGAAGAUUGUGUCCCAACAGCUGCAGCUGGUUGAAAAGCUCGUGAAACACAAGCAGAUGAAGCAGAAUAAGCCUUUCCGUGUGAGUGCCAGCCUGCUCUCCUUCCCACGGCGGGAGGAUCAGACCUUAACCAUGGCCCUGGUGGAGCUGAGCAGGGUGAAGCUCCGGGAAGAUGGAUCAGCUGUGCCCAUAGAAUGGCCCUUCGAGCUCGUGGCCGCCCUGUACGUGGCCCUGUACGCCCUCAACCUCCUCAGUGGGCCCAAGUAGGCACCUGGUCCGGUCCAGGGAACCCCUCCCCAAGCUGUUGGGAAACCUCUGCCCACCAGCCACUUCUCUCCCCCAAUUUCAUCCUUGUUAAUGCUCAAGGCUGCUUUAGCUGCAAAAAGCAAAAUUAAGGCAGGAAAACUCAUUAUGGAUGCAAAAGGCUGGAUAUCAAAGUGGAUUUCUCUGGCUGUCCCCCAUUGAAAGCAGAGGGACAACCAGAAAAUCCACGAGCCCAAAUAAUCACAGGCCUGGCAGCUGUGCCUUGUGUGCUUCCCUAAAAAUGCUGCUGCUUCUGCAAUCAAUGAAUGGGAAAGGGAAGGGCAAGGGAUUGCCAAGGGAAAAGAGGCAAAAAAUGCAAUGGAAACAAAAGCCAAAGGAAAAGACCUGCAGGGGGACCACUUACCC